AGCCUGACGGAAGAAGGAGAGCUCGUGAACUUUUCCCUCGGUCAUCGUAACGGUCAUGUCUGACUCGGCAGAAAACUCGGACGUUCUCUCACCUGACGGACAGGUAAGUUAGUUCAAAACUAUCGGUGACGUCAGUUUAACGUGGUUACCAGGAAACCAGCUGACUAGUUAACUCUAACUAACGAAUAAAAGGUUAAACGCAGCAGUUCGGCUAACGGCGGGAUUAGCUAGGCCCGCUGUUUUUAGCUAACGUUUGUCUGUGAUGGUUCCGCAGGAGUCCGGUUCGGUUCUGGUCAAGGAGGAAACGUCUCCGACAAAAGUGACGGAGAAAAACCCGGAACUUUCACCGGUGAGUUCGAGGAUUUAAAUAAAACGGUAAAAUAGUUUUAAGAAGACCCGGAAAUUGACCGUUUAUUCGAACUUUAACUGACUUUAAUGGACCAUGAUGAAGUUAGCAUCUCAGUCACUGACUCAGGGGAGGUUCGGGAAACGAGUCCAGGUCCAAAACCUUUUUAUCCAGACAACAGGAACAUUUAAAAGAGAAGUUAAAAACACAUUAAUUAUAUUUUAACCUGUUUGAGUGAAUUAUCAAAGAGACAGUUCGCCGUUUUUUUCACUGUUUGGACCCCGUCUGAUCCAGAACCAGAACACGGUUCCAGAUUGGUUUAAGAUCAUUCUAGAGACGAGAAUUUUAACAUCUAUAAUUAUUUUGUUUGUCAAUUUUAAUCAAAGGUGAUUUUAGUGAUUUUUAAACCGUCAGAAAGAGCGGGCCGCUCAAAAAUGUUCAAAUGUUGACGACACAGACAUAAGAGAACACAGAGAUAUCGAUAUAUUACCAAAUGUCAUCAAUAACUAAUAUCUAUUGACUGAUAUUAAAAGAUUUUUUGUUUAUACACCAUAAAAUAAAAAGAUGCUUCUUUAACGGAUUCCUGCCGACCUCACCUUUUAAUGUGAAGGGUGUAAUUUAGGGUAAAUAUUUAGGCAGGAAGAUGGUGUUAAAUAUGAAACUGUGGGGAUGAUUAUGUUUUAUAAAGAGUUUAUUAAAAUGUAAAAGAUCAUAUUUUGGAGACCAUGAUACUCCUGUAAAUUUUAGGUGCAGAUAAACUUUAAACUUCUGUCCUGUUGUUGGUUAAACACAGAAAAGCUGAAGAUACAAAAUCAAAAAAGAGUCUCCUGAAGUCUGUUUGUGAACGUCUGUAAACCUGCUGUGAGGAAUAAUCCUUGGAUACGGGGACUGAACCUCAGGUCUCUGCUGCUUUCAGGGUGUCGAUGUGUCCGGAUGUGCAGCUUCAGAGGAGACGGACGGCAGAGAGACGCUGCAGCAGGUGAAAGGACUGAAGGACAAACAGACGGCCUCUCCACCUGCAGCCGAACCCUCCUCCACCAGCCCGAAGGUAGAGAGGUCAUGAUGACAAACGGAUCCUUGUAUCCAAUCAGAAGCUGCGUCUCUUUUUCUUCGUUUGUUUCUCUGUCAGGAUGAAACUUUGAGUUCUUGAAAACGAACCCGAACUCAAAAAACGAGUCUUUAUCUGAUUUUCUACUCUGGGUUGGAACCUACACUACGGCGUCUUACUGCCUCCCAGUCAGAUUAUUGGUUUGCUUGAUCUUUGAAAUAUCCUGUUUUUGUGAGUUCCCUAAAAACUGAGAACAGGAUUAUGACCCUGUUCUGGUCUCUGCAGCAGGACUGGAAACCCGGGUCUCAGUGCCGAGCUGUGUACUCAGGGGAUGGUCUGAUUUACCCGGCUGUUGUUCUAUGGGUCAAAGGUCAGCGCUGCUGCGUUCGCUACGAUGACUACAACAACGAAGAGGAGCACGACGUCAGCAGUCUGCUGAGCAGCAACGAGCUUCACGGACCGAGCAGAACCGCCACAACAGCAAAGGUUAGGACCAGGACCAGGACCAGGACUAUAGACUGGGAGGAUACUGAGUCUGACUCAACUUCAGUUCUAACUGCAUGUCAUUUCAAAAUAAGAGCGUUUUAAUAACACGGGAAAUGAAGCAAACAAAUACAGGACUGUAAAAAUGUCAAAAUAAAAGCAUUAAAACAAGUUUUAAUCAAAUAAUUAACCAACUAAUCAAAAAAUAAUCAACUGAUUCAUCGAUUAAUCCAAAAAAAAUUGACAGAUUCAUUGAUUAUUCGAAAAAGUAAUCAUCCGAUUCAUCCAUCAAUCUAAAGAAAAAAAUCAGCUGAUCAAUCAAUAUAUACAGGAAAUAAAGCAGUCAAAUGUACGACUUUAAAAAUGUCAAAAUAAAAGCAUCCAAACCAGUUUUAAUCAAAUAAUUGACCGAUUCAUUGAUUAAUCCAAAAAUAAUCAACAGAUUCAUUGAUUAAUCAAAAAAAAAUAAUUGACCGAUUUAUCGAUUAAUUGAAAAAAAAAUUUGAGUCAAGGUCUCCAGGUGUCUCCAGAUGGUCCCAGAUGUGGAUUUAGUGGUUCCUCUACUGAACCUUGAAUGAGUGAAAAACCUGGUUCAGGGACCGUCUUAAAGCCCUCGAACCUGGUCCGAGAGUCCGCCUGCUGCUGGAGUUCUGGGGUUUCCUGGGAACCUUUGGGGUCACCUGGUUUAUCGGUGCCGCUCCAGCAGAGGAGUUGGACUCGUGUUCAGUCUUUUAUUCAGGUCUCUGAGGAACUCUUUAAUGAUUCCCCUAUCGAUGCCUUUCUUCAAUUAAAAAAAAUAGACUAUAGGUUUUCAUCGUUAACUCAAAUUUGAUUGAGUCUCUGACAACAGAAACAGACGUACGCCACCUUCAGUGAGAGUCUUUUUGUUCAGCAUGUCUGACAUUGUGUUCAUGUAAACUCCGGACAGGGUGACGGUAUUCUGAGUCCACUAAAAGAGGACGACUUGUCUGUGAAAAUUUGAGGGUUUUUUUUGUCGGGUCCAGAGUUUUUAUGUUCUUCUAACUCGGUUAAAAACAGAUUAUUGUGAAUUCUUAAAGACAGUCCAUGUGUGCGUCAGUGUCUUUGUUUGGAAGUGAGCGGAGGGGCGGAGCUGCAGAGAGGACUGAUCCUCUGCUCUGUUUUAUAAUGAAUGAAAACAUGUUCUGGAUAUUUGAAGGAUUUUAUUAACUCCCCCCGGACAGCGCCUUUAAAGAGGACAUGUCCGGGUAAAAGAGGACGUAUGGUCACACUAACAUAUGUACCUUUCAUGCCACCUUUGCAUGUUAUCACUGCUCGACAAACAUCGCACUGUUGUCGUCUUUCUCAGUCAAAUUAAACCUCGUUUCUGCCGACUUUUCGUACCGAGAGCGUACCGAUGUUUCCGUUCACGUAGACUUGCACUCAUCCGAUCGAUUUUGUUACCACCCAGAAGAAAAGAAUCGUUCAGAUAAAAUGUAAAUGAUCCGUUUGGAACCAGUUCUCAACAAGAACCGGUUCUGGAUCCCCAUCCCCACUCAGGUGUGCGCUCAGACCCUCAGCUGUCGGUCUCACCUGCAGGGCAGCAGGUGGACAGGUGUGAGCGGCAGGAGGGAGGAGAAACAGGGGGAGAGAGGAGCGGAGAGGAGGUCUGACAGAUGGAGAGAGGAGCAGCACACCUCCUCCUGGGUGAGUCAUACAAACAAACAGCACCACCUGCUGGUCAGCUGACGUUCCUACACCUGAUCCUCUCACCUGCUCUGUGUGUGUGUGUGUGUGUGUGUGUGUGUGUGUGUGUGUGUGUGAUCAGGCCAGAGAGAGGUCCAGUCAUCAGAACAAAGAGGAGAAGAAGAGCGCAGACAAACCGACCAAUCACAGCUUCACCUUCUUCCCUCCUUUUCCUCCUCCUCCUCAGACGAACUCGAGGGUAAAACCGACAAACUGACCGUCAAACUCGGGGACAUCUAUCAGACUGAAGAUCUACUCUCAGCUGAUCUCUCUCCCUCUCUCUCUCUCUCUCUCUCAGGACUCCGCCUCCUACAUCCCUCCCCCUCCUCCCCCUCCUCUCACCUGGGCCAUCGGAGGUCAAGAGGGCGCCGGUUUUGACUCCGCCUCCAACAUGCUGAUGCUGUGGUACAUGUGUGGAUUCCACACCGGCAGUUACCUGGUGAGUGACCACCCUGCAGACCCUGAACGCCCCGGGUCUUUGCGGUCCUGGUUCAGUGUGUUUGGGUCUGAGAGGACCGACCCGGUUUUGAAAUCCUCCCUGAUUUCUGUUUGUGUGCGUUUCCACUCUGAGGUUGUGUGUUUGUGUGUCUCAGGCUCAGCAGGCCUUCAGGUCCGGCUCCAAAGACUGAGAGGUAAGAACCCGGUCCUGGCAGGUCCAGACUCAGAGGUGGUUCUCUGGACUAAAGCGUCUCACUGUCUUUGUGUUUUCAGAACCGUCGGAGCAGCUGCAGCUUUUUUUGUUUCGGAGGUUCCAUGUGGAUCAGGAAACGCUCCAGUUUGGUUCUUGGUUCUGUUUGUGUUCAGAGAAGAUGUUUCAGAACUCUGCUGUUAGGAAAUGAAAUGAGAACGUGUUUGUUUGUUUGUUUGUUUGUUUGUUUGUGUUUGAGGACAGAGUUUGGUUUGAGUUUGUUGUCGAUGAGAAAAAGAUUCU